GCCAUGUUGUGGCUCCCACAGCCGGCGCUGGGGACGCGCGCGGCCGAGCCCGGGGCCUGCAGCCGCCGCCGCCGCCAGGUGGUGUUUGGAAACUAGACCAUGUGCCUAGGUAGAAGCUGUUCUUUUCUCCACAGCUCUGCACCCCCAGCAACACCUACCACGCCCUUGUUUUGAGAGCCUCACUGAGCGGGUCCAUCAGCGGUCUGCAGACAGGUAUUCCGAAGUCCCUGGACCAGGUCAUUCCUGAGGUCCACUUCAGCUCUAACAUCCUUUUCCAGAUCUUCCCUGAAUAAAAAGUUAUCCUGAGAGGAUACAAUGUCAGUCUGCCAGUUCUGAAGUUGUUCUUCACUCUCAAGGGACUUGUAUGCAUCAUGGCAUAUUUCUACCAUCUCACCUCGCAGGGAGAUUGGCUCUCAGCCUAGGCCCCGGAGCCCCGGGGAACCUGCCUUGCCUGCUGAUUGGCCGCUCUAGAUCACUGGGCUAGCUCACCAGGCCUGCAUCUGGCUUGUUCAGACGCUUUAGGCCCUUGCCUGCAUCCAGCCAUGGGGGAUAUGAAGACUCCAGACUUUGAUGACCUUCUGGCUGCCUUUGACAUCCCAGACCCCACUAGCCUUGAUGCCAAGGAGGCCAUCCAGACCCCCAGUGAGGAGAAUGAAAGCCCCCUCAAACCCCCAGGGUUGUGUGUGGAUGAGAACGUGUCCUUGUCUCACUCAGGCUCAGCCUCGGAUGUGCCGGCUGUGAGUGUCAUCGUCAAGAAUACCAGCCGCCAGGAGUCGUUUGAGGCGGAGAAAGACCACAUCGCCCCCAGCCUCCUGCACAAUGGGUUCCGGGGCUCCGACCUGCCUGCAGACCCCCACAGUCUAGGCCACAACUGUGGGAAGUUUGACUCCACGUUCAUGAAUGGAGAUAGUACCAGGGGUUUCCCCGGCAAGCUGGAGGCCUCCAAAUCAGAGCCGUUACCAACUUUUAACCAGUUUAGUCCGAUCUCCAGCCCAGAGCCCGAGGAUGCCAUCAAAGACAAUGGGUUUGGGAUGAAGCCCAAGCACUCUGACAGUUACUUCCCUCCCCCUCCUGGGUGUGGGUCUGUGGAGGGCCCUGUCCUGGAGGCUCUCACGAAGUUUCCAGUCCCAGAGCUGCAUAUGUUUGAUCACUUUUGUAAGAAAGAACCCAAGCCUGAGCCCCUGCCCCUUGGCAGUCCGCACGAGCACGAGCGAGGUGGGCAGAAAGCAUUGGAGGUGCACAAGGAACUAGAUGCCAGUCGAUUCUUCGGGGACGCCCUGGACUUCAGUAGCCAUCCCGGCAACAGUAUUGGAGAGCCCAAGGGGCUGGCCUCAGAGCUCGGCUCCGGCUCGGCAGUCCCCCCCAGGCAGCGCCUCAAGCCAGCUCAUUCCAAGCUGUCCUCCUGUGUUGCGGCCUUGGUGGCCCUGCAGGCUAAACGAGUGGCCAAUGUCGCCAAGGAGGAUCAGCCCAGCCACACGAAGGAUCCCUCAGGGCCCGCAAAGGAGGGCUCCAAAGGCAGCCCCAAGAUGCCCAAGUCACCAAAGAGUCCCCGGAGCCCCCUGGAGGCCACCCGAAAGAGCACCAAGCCCUCCGACAGCCCUCGGAGCAUCUGUAGUGACAGCAGCAGCAAGGGCUCCCCCUCCGUGGCUGCCAGCUCCCCACCAGCAAUCCCCAAAGUCAGGAUCAAAACCAUUAAGACGUCUUCAGGGGAAAUCAAGCGGACGGUCACGAGGAUCCUGCCAGACCCUGACGACCCCAGUAAGUCCCCUGUUGGUUCACCGUUAGGAAGUGCCACCACCGAGGCCCCGAGUGAGGCACCGGAGGACGAGGCCACCACCCUGUCCGGAGUGGAGCACUUUGCUGAGGUGGGAGCACAUCCCGGGAGCCCCCAGAGUGACCGGAAAGGGGAGGAGUGCACGGCGAAAGCCAGCGAGCCUUCGCCUUCCUGCUGCAGCUCUGGGGCCUGGGGUCCAAAGGGGGCUGCCUCGGGCACGCAGGCGGGCAGAAAGCCGCAGCAGAGCCCGGCGCCGCCAGCCUCCACCCCCGCCCCUGCCAACCUCCUACCCAAGGCCGUGCACCUGGCCAACCUGAACCUGGUCCCCCACAGUGUGGCAGCAUCAGUGACGGCCAAGUCCUCCGCGCAGAGGCGGAGUCAGCCUCAGCCCACGCAGAUGUCAGUGCCCCUGGUCCACCAGGUGAAGAAGGCCGCCCCGCUGGUCGUGGAGGUCUUCAACAAGGUCCUCCACAGCUCCAACCCCGUGCCCCUCUACGCACCCAACCUCAGCCCGCCUGCGGAUAGCAGGAUCCACGUGCCAGCCAGUGGCUACUGCUGUCUGGAGUGCGGGGAUGCAUUCGCCUUAGAGAAGAGCCUGAGCCAGCACUAUGGCCGGCGGAGCGUCCACAUCGAGGUGCUGUGCACGCUGUGCUCCCAGACGCUGCUCUUCUUCAACAAGUGCAGCCUGCUCCGGCAUGCCCGCGACCACAAGAGCAAGGGGCUCGUCAUGCAGUGCUCUCAGCUGCUUGUGAAGCCCAUUUCUGCGGACCAGAUGUUCGUGUCCACCUCCGGGAACUCCACGGCGCCAGCCGCCGCGGCGUCUCCCUCCCCCUCCCAGCCCGGCCCGGCUUCAAACAAUGCCAGCACCCCACUCCCCGCCUUGCCACUCUACCCGGACCCCGUGAGGCUCAUCCGGCACAGUAUCAAGUGCCUGGAGUGUCACAAGCAGAUGCGUGACUACAUGGCGAUGGCCGCACACUUCCAGAGGACGACUGAGGAGACCGAGGGGCUGACCUGCCAGGUGUGCCAGAUGCUGCUGCCCAACCAGUGCAGCUUCUGCGCCCACCAGCGGAUCCACGCCCACAAGUCCCCCUACUGUUGUCCGGAGUGCGGGGCCCUCUGCCGCUCUGCCUACUUCCAGACCCACGUAAAGGAGAACUGCCUGCACUAUGCCCGCAAGGUGGGCUACAGGUGCAUCCACUGUGGGGUUGUCCACUUGACCUUGGCCUUGCUGAAAAGCCACAUCCAGGAGCGGCACUGCCAGGUCUUCCACAAAUGUGCGUUCUGCCCCAUGGCCUUCAAGACUGCCAGGAGCACCGCGGACCACAGCGCCACCCAGCAUCCCACCCAGCCCCACAGACCCUCCCAGCUCAUUUAUAAGUGCUCCUGUGAAAUGGUCUUCAACAAGAAGAGGCACAUCCAGCAGCACUUUUAUCAGAACGCCAGCACGGCGCAGGUGGGCGUCUUCAAGUGCCCUGAGUGCCCGCUCCUGUUCCUGCAGAAGCCGGAGCUGAUGCAGCAUGUCAAGAGCACCCAUGGUGUGCCCCGCAACGUGGAUGAGCUGUCCAGCCUCCAGUCCUCAACAGACUCGUCUUCAGGCCGCCCUGGCCCUCGAGUGCCUGCUGAGCCCCCAGCCCCCAGUGUGACUGCUCGGGGCAGUGCCCUGCCCUCCAGCCGCUGGGGCAGGCCUGAGGCCCACCGCAGGGCUGAGGCCAGGCCCCGGCUGAGAAACACUGGCUGGACCUGCCAGGAGUGCCAGGAGUGGGUUCCUGAUCGGGAGAGCUACGUGUCCCACAUGAAAAAGAGCCACGGUCGGACGUUGAAGCGGUACCCAUGUCGGCAGUGUGAACAGUCCUUUCACACCCCCAACAGCCUGCGCAAACACAUCCGCAACAACCACGACACAGUGAAGAAAGUCUACACUUGUGGGUAUUGCACAGAGGAUAGCCCCAGCUUUCCUCGGCCCUCCCUUCUGGAGAGCCACAUCAGCCUUAUGCACGGUAUCAGAAAUCCUGAUUUGAGCCAGACGUCCAAAGCCAGACCUUCGGGUGGACAUUCCCCUCAGGUGAACCAUCUGAAAAGACCAGUCAGCGGAGUGGGGGCCGCUCCUGACACCAGCAAUGGCACGCCAGUCUCUUCCACCAAAAGGCACAAGUCGCUUUUCCAGUGUGCGAAAUGUAGCUUUGCCACGGACUCAGGGCUGGAGUUCCAGAGCCACAUACCUCAGCACCAGAAGGACAGCUCCACAGCCCAGUGUCUCCUCUGUGGCCUGUGCUACACCUCUGCUGGCUCCCUCAGCCGCCACCUCUUCAUCGUCCACAAGGUGAGAGACCAGGAGGAGGAAGAGGCAGAGGCGGCGGAGCCAGAGGAGGGCUCUGGGGAGGAGGUGUCCAUGGAGACCAGGGAGAACGGACUGGAAGAAGGUGCCGAGGAGCCUCUGGUGGGCGACUCCGAGACGGGGAGAUCACUGGGCCUGGCCCAGGACGAGGACGGGGCCCAAGACGCUUCCAGUCGACCACAGACCUCUCAGGACCGGGACAGCCUCACACCGUCCCCGCAGGUGUGACCGGAGGCCCUGCGGUGCAUGGGCGGGGUGGCGCCAUGGUGUCUUCCGCCUGCUGUGUGGACAGUGGGAAAGAACAGGCCCCACCCGGCGUGAGUGUGUCUGGCUGUGUCCUGGAGCAGUGUCUGCCCUGAGCUGCGGGGGGCUGGGUGGCCCCCAGCCCUGGGAGAUGCGGGGUCGCCCAGGACCCUCACAGCUCCGAAUCUGCUUCUGUUAUUUAUGGCUUUGUGCUGCUUCUCGGUACCCCAACUCUCGUCUGUGUCCUUCUAACCCCGACGCUGUCACCUCUGCUCAAGGCCCUUCAGCAGCCGCACUCUUCUGGGAGGUCCCCUUACUCUGCCUUCAGCCCGGGCCUCCCUGCAGCAGCUUGCUUCACAAUACCAGAGCCUGAGACAGGGGAGGAGGGUACUGGCGUGUCCCCCCUCUGAGAGAGCGCGCCCCGCCCGGCUUGCAGAGGGCUCUCGGUCCCCAUGCCCUUCCUCUCUGUCUUCUCUGAUUCCUUCCCUGCAAACAGUCCUGAGGAUGCAUUGUUGUGCGGGCUCAUCCUGUCUGUGUGGGCGGGAAAAGCUUCUGUUUGGAAGCUGGGCGCAGAGAGGCAGGACCCCCCCUCUUCCCCCACCGCCCCCUUGAAGGAGCUGUGCGUCCUUGUUCUGCUGCUGUUCUGCCUUUCCUGAUGAGCGGGGUUCGAGGCACACAGACAUGGGGAUAUUUGUACUCUUGCUCCUGUGCCAUUAGAGAGGCCGCUGCCCCAGCAGCCAGCCCCUCCUCCUCUCGGCUACACUCAUGUUGCUCAGACUAUAUUUCAAAUAAAAGAAAACCUUCUUACCAUGCAGGUAGGCUCUUGUAUUCCUGUUCAGGUGAGCCUGACCCUACCCUCCUCCUCCUCAGACUUCCCUCGCUGGCCCAUCUCUGAGAGAGAAUGGCGUUUCCUGCUGUCCAAGAAGGAAGGUCCUGUCUAGAUUCUGCAGCUGUGGUUAGGAAACCAGGAGCUCAGGGCUUCUGAAGGGGUGAAGGGAGGAUCAUAAUGCCAGUCAGGAGUCACAUCCAAGUCCCCCCUGCAACACUGAACUAGUGGCAUUGGCUUUUAGGGCCUACUGACAUUUUGCUGGGCACCUCCAUCUUUCCUACAAAUGGUUCUCUUCUACUAAGAGAACCCUUUACUGGUGGGAGAGGGGAAGGGAGAGAAUGGAGGAAUUUUUGUUUUUUCUACAAUGUUCAAGAGACUGUGGUAUUGUCACUGUUGCAGGGAACUCGGGUGUGGCAGAAUGGGGACUGGACAUGGGAGGCUGGGCUGUCUUUUCACUGAUGGCAGAGCAAGGACCUGGCCAGCACAAGGAGCUGGCCAUGUGGAGGUGCCCUCUGACCUCUGCUCCAAGCGGCUGCUGCAGCCCUGCCUGGGUCGGAUUUGGGGCUGGGCCUGGCAGGCUUUCAUGCAGCACCGGUAGGUGGGUGCUGAUGGCAUUCUUAGUGACAAUCUUUCAAGGAGGGCAUCGAAUAUCAAUUAUAAAUUAUUAAGUCAGAUAAAUACGCCUGACCUUUUUACAAUUGGGAAAAAAAACUUCUUCCUCUAGCAAAUGCCAAAUUUCUAGUGGAAAUGUUAAAGGCAUUGGGAAAGGUUAAUGCUUUUUCAGUUUCAGAGAAACAGUAUUUUUCAGUGUUUCCCAGGCCUGCCAAGGCCACCACGUCCCUGCUUCCCAAGCCGGCAAUGAGGUCCAAGCAGGCCUGAUUCCGGCUACAUGCAGCACCAGAGCCGGCCCCCACUCAGUUUUCAGCCCCUCCUGAUUCCAGCCUCAGGGUGCCUGCCCUGCACCUGGGGCUGUUCACAGGAACACAUUAUAGAAGAGGUUGAUAGAAGUGUUGGAAAUGGAUGACUGAGUUGCUUCCCGGUCAGAGACCGUGCUAGCUGGAGCCUGGGUAGAGGAGGCGGUGAAAUCACAGGUUUGACUUGUCCUGACCUCAGCUCUGUCUCCUUCCUGGGGGUGGCGUGGAGUGGAAAGAAUGUGGAGCCACUCACCAAGAAACCUGGGUCACAGCCUGGCUUCUACCCUCAACCAGCUCUUGACAAACCCCUUAACUUUACCAGCCCCUUCCUCAAGAUAGGCCUGGUAUUUCCCACCCGACUCGGUUCACAGGCUGCUGUGAGUUGAUAAGCCAGGAAGCGUUUUCUAGUUUAUGAAACACUGUCGAUGUCUGGGAUUCUUGACCUGACUUUAGGCUUGGAGGGGGGAGUGCACCUUGCCCGCCGCUCAGACUUAGAUGCUGAUGGUCAUUUCUCCACUAUUCAGUAACAGCGGUAAUUAUUAGCACUGUAAGCCCUGCUCAUGGGCCCAGCAUCUUGCUAAAAACACUUUCCAGGGGUUCUCCCUUUGUCCUCAGCAUUAUCUCACAGUGAUCCUCUCCAUUUUACAGAGAAGGAAACCGAGGCUCAGAGAGCUUAAAUAACUUGCUGGAUAACCUUGUAAGUCAAGCCCAUCUGGUUCUAAAGUCCACUGUGUCAACUGCUGUGUUGCCUUAGUGACUCGGCUACUCUGGCUGGCGGCCAGCUUAUCACCAGUUUGCAGCCAUCCAGACACCUGCUUUCCUACCUCCCCUGCAGUUGGGAUGCCCACUGAGCACCAGGUUCUCUUUGGAGUCAGUCUGUGCCUCCUCACCCCAAGGAGGGCACAUUUGCUUGGGGCAUUCCACAGCACAUGCAGUGUCCCUAUGACCUCAUUCUCAUUGGUAUUUACCUUGCCAUUUGAAGAUCACCAUUUUGGUGGGGGGGCUAUUCCAGAAAAGGUGGCUCAACCCUCAGAGGGAUCAUGGUUCCCUCAGGGUCCAGUAUCUUUUGAUCUUUUUUUCAAAGGUGUCUUUAAAGAGUUCUGUUGCUAUCAUUUGUUAUCAUCAGAAAAUGCUUGCUAUAACAAGCACUUAGCUGCUGGAGUGAAUGCUGCCCAAGUUAAACAUAUAAGAUUCCCACCCAUGUAGAAACUACAAUUUAAUACACUCUGAGGCCUGACCAAUGACUAGUAUUUAUUUUCCAACAACUUUAUCUGUAAAAUGAUAUGUCAAAUUACUAUAAUCUGAUUGGUGUAGAGAGAGUUCUUCUCUUAACUUAUAUAAACAGUCUGGCUUUUGAAAACAGCUGUGGUUCAGCAAGUUCAACCCACUUUGCCUUCUGUGAGGCUGAACACCCCACCCUACCCCUGCCUACCCUGGUCAUCACUGUAUAUUCAGCUCUGGGUACACUUCCUUUUACUUGCUUUUAAUUUUUUUCUUUUUCAUUUUUUGAAGAAAAUUAACACACAUACAUGGUAAGACAUCCAAACAACACAGAAGAGAAUACAAUGAAAAGUAAGCUGCUCAUUGGAGGUCAGCCUUUGGUUCCACAGCCCGCUCUCCAGAAUUAAUCACUGUUUCUAUAUCUUAUGUAUCUUUCCAAGUAAUUCUAUGCAUUUACAAGCUUUUAAAAUAUGUGUAUUUAUAUAUCUAUUUUUUAAUACAAAUGAUAGCAUUCUCUACACAAGUGUUCUGAAGCUUGCUUUUUUUUUUUU